AUGGAACUUACGAUGGAAAACAUCGGCAACAUACACGGCGUCCCUCACUCCCAGACAGGCGACUUGAUGAGCUCCCCUCACGGGCGGCAGUCCUCAGCGUCGCAUCGGAACUUGGUCACGCACGGCCGACCGGCCAUGGUGUCCAGCAUGGCUUCGAUCCUGGAGGGUGCCGGGGAAUACCGCGCAGAACACGCGCUCUCCAGCCACCUGCACCCAGCCAUGACCAUGCCGUGCGAAUCCGGGAUGAGCCUGAGCAACACGUACACCACGCUGACUCCCCUGCAGCACCUGCCGCCAAUCUCCACCGUCUCCGAGAAGUUCCACCACCACCCGCACCCACACCCGCACCACCACCCUGCACACCAACGGCUCGCCACGGGCAACGUUAGCGGCAGCUUCACCCUCAUGCGGGAUGACAGGGGGCUGGCGCCCAUGGGUAACCUGUACGGGCAUUAUCCCAAGGACAUGUCCGGCAUGGGGCAACCGCUGUCCCCGCUCUCCAACGGCCUUGGCUCGUUGCACAACUCCCAGCAGACACUCUCCGCUUACGGCCCCGGGGCCCACCUCUCCAACGACAAGAUGUUGUCACCAGCAAGCUUCGAGCCCCACGCUUCCAUGCUGUCGCGCAGCGAGGAGCACCUGGCCCGUGGCCUUGGGGGGCACCCGCCUGCCAUGAUGUCCAACCUGAACGGCAUGCACCCCCACCUGCACUCGCAGGCUAACGGCUCCAUGCUGGGCGAGCGGGAGCGGCAGGUGCCGGGCGGCGCCCAGGGAGGAGGCUCGGGACAGGUGGAGGAGAUAAACACCAAGGAGGUGGCGCAGCGCAUCACAGCCGAGCUGAAGCGCUACAGCAUCCCUCAGGCCAUCUUUGCCCAGAGGAUCCUGUGCCGCUCUCAGGGCACCCUGUCCGACCUACUGCGCAACCCCAAACCGUGGAGUAAACUAAAGUCUGGCCGCGAGACCUUCCGCCGGAUGUGGAAAUGGCUGCAGGAGCCGGAAUUCCAGCGCAUGUCGGCUCUCAGGCUGGCGGCUUGCAAGCGGAAGGAGCAGGACCAGCACAAAGACCGCAGCCUGGGGCCCAAGAAGCAGCGGCUGGUCUUCACGGACCUGCAACGACGCACGCUCAUCGCCAUCUUCAAGGAGAACAAGCGGCCCUCCAAGGAGAUGCAGCUCACCAUCUCCCAGCAGUUGGGCCUGGAACUCAACACCGUCAGCAAUUUCUUCAUGAACGCCCGGCGGCGCUGUGUGGACCGCUGGCAGGACGAGCACAGCGCUAGCCCCGCCCAGCCUGGCACCUCCGCUCCCACCUUCUCCAAAGCCUAA